UGCAUAAUCUAAACAAAUUACGUUUACAAACUUGAAAAAAUUGCAAUUUUAGAAUUUAUACAUCAUCAAAUUUGUAGCUGUACUUCAGCCGAAAAAACUGAGAACUAGGAAAUCCAAUCUUACUCGUUACAAUGGCGAUUAUCAUCGAAUAAUUUCACAAAAAUUCGAGCAUAGUUGAUUACCCAAAUCACUUUCUGAAAAGAAAAAAAAGCUACAAAAAUCCCAAAAGUCUUAAGAUGGCUGAAGAAACAGAGAAGAGAUUCCACAGUAUCAUGGACAAGCUCUUUCAUUCUCCUAAAUCUAAUCUUUCUCUUUCCUCAAGUUCAUCAAGUGGACAGAAAACAAGAGGGCAGAAGCGCCCGUUUUCAGCAACAGAAUCGAGUUUAAGAGGGGGUAAAGGUGAAGGUCAAAAUGCAGCUCAAGCACCUCCGUGUAGACCAUGGCAUAGGGGAGAUCUUAUGAGGAGGUUGGCUACAUUCAAAUCCAUGAAAUGGUUUGCUAAACCCAAGGCUGUGGAUGCUGUGAACUGUGCAACGAGAGGUUGGGUUAACGUAGAUUUGGACAUCAUAGCCUGUGAAGUUUGCGGAGCACGUCUGCAGUUUUCUACUCCUUCAGCUUGGAACCAGCAACAAGUUGAGAAGGCAGCUUUAGUUUUCAGUUUGAAGUUGGAGUCUGGACACAAGCUUCUUUGUCAAUGGAUUGACAAUGCUUGUGAUGCAAAAUUGGCAUUGUUUCCGCCUAUGACAACCGCAGUGUUGGUUGAUCACUAUAAAGAACGUUCUUCUGCGUUUUUGCAACUUUCAGCUCUACCUGUAGUACCUGCUUCAGUUAUUGAGAGCAUGAGAAGUUCUCAGUUGAAACAUUUUCUCAAACAGUCAAUAGCAGUGGAAUGUGGUUCAGCACCCAACGAUUCUUCUUGGACAGAGUAUUUUGGGAAUGAUGUUGAAGUUGUUUCUGCUGAUUUGUAUUAUCAGGCUCAUAGGUUAUUAAGUUUAUGUGGAUGGGAACCUCGAUUGCUUCCUUACAUGGUUGAUUGUGAGGACCAGCCUAAACUGUCUGGUAGCAAUGGAAACAUAUCCAACUUAUCUCAUGCAGCAGCUGAUGAGCAGAGUAACAGGUUGUCUGUUUCUGUCUCAGGCUCCAGUGAAAAUAGUAGGACAAAUAAUGAUCCUGGGGCUUCAAGUAUCUAUUAUGAUCCUAAUUCUACAGUAUUGGAUUGCAAGCUUUGUGGGGCAAGCAUUGGUUUAUGGGCCUUUACAACAGUUGCUCGGCCCCUAGAAUUGGUUAGAGUAGUUGGUUUUGCUGAAAUGGGUGGUGGAGGCGAUUGUGGUAGCAAAAGAUCUGCAACUGAAAAUCAUGCUAACAAUGGGAAAAGUGAUAUAGCUGCUGCAAACGAGGAAGCUACACCGUCAAAGAAAACAAUGUUGAAUUUGACGAUUGCUGGUGGGCUUACUCCAACAAAACAGAACUUCAGGGCAACAAUCUCCUUACCUGUUAUCGGUCGUAAUGUAAGGACUCGACUUUCUUGUUUGUCAUCAGAUGUUAGUCCUGGGGAAGAGGAACCUACAUCUCUUGAUUCUAUCAUGGAAGGUUCAACUAAGAACAUGCAAAACAAAGAGAAAAAUUCCAGUAUAAUUGGUACUGAGACACAAGAUGAUGCACCUUCAACAACUGCAGAUGAUAUUACCGAUUCACAGGAGAUGAUUGGAGACAGUACAUUGAGGAAGGAAACAUCAAGCUUACCUAGUGGUGAACAGAAUCCGAAUGGUAUAGGAGACACUGCAAGGAUUGUUUCAACAAAGGACGCUUCAACUUUUAGCAUAGAAAAAGCUAUAAGCAGGCAUUCAUCCAAUAAAAAGAUGGAGUUCCAUCCAAUCAGGCAGCACAGACAUUUUUGCCCUUGGGUUGUGUCAACAGAGACCGUAUCCCCAGGAUGGCAACAAACUUUAUCAGCUCUGCAAAAGGAGAAAAUGUUUUCAGUUCCAGAAUUGGAGGGUUCUCCUUCAUCUCCAUCCUUGAUCAAGGUUGAUGAUCCUAUUACAUCUAUUAGGAGGCUUUUCGAGUCUCCUCCAGCUAAAACACCGAAACGUGCUUCAAAGUAAUCUUCUACAGUUUAGCCAAGAUUAGCAGAUACUGCUGGAUAAUUUCCAAGAAAUGCAUUCAACCUUUAUUACAAGUGUAUUAGGUAAUGCAUCUUCCUGUAUCAACUUUAGGUGCUGCCGCAUUCAUUGCUUGGUAGUUUUUCUCUUGUUUUCUUUGUGGUCAUGGGACCGUGUUAGUGGUCAGUUACGUAAAAUUGAGUAGGGUUUUUGGAAAUAGAAACAAAGUUGUAUUAUAUUAUACCAUUCGUUCACUCUAUAUGACAAAAAUGAUGAACAAGAAAUGAGAUGUGAGUGAAUUUCUGAUGUCA